AUGCUAAUUUCCUACGCCGAAAAUAGCUCACUUCCUACGCCGAAAAUGUCUAUUUCCAAGAGCGAAAAGACGAAGAAUUUUCAUUUUCUUCCUUUAUUUUUUUCAUUUUUUCCUUUUCCUUCGUUUUUUUUUCUUAAUUUUUUUUUUCUUCCUUCCUUUUUUCCUUCCUUUUCUUUCAUUUUUCCUUUUUUUCCUUUUUUUUUUUUUCUUUCUUUUUUUUUUUCUUUUUUUCUUUCUUUUUUUCUUUUCCUUCCUCAUUUCCUUCCUUCCUUCUUCUUCUUUCUUCCUUCUUUCUUUCUUUCUUUCUUUCUUUUAUUUCCUUUUUUCCUUUUCCUUCCUUCCUUCCUUCCUUCCUUCCUUUUCCUUUUUUUCCUUUUUUUCCUUCCUUUCUUCCUUUUUUUUUUUUCCUUCCUUCCUUCCUUCCUUCCUUCCUUCCUUCCUUCCUUCCUUCCUUUUUUAAUUUUUUCUUUUCUUCCUUCUUUUUUUCCUUUUUUCUUCUUCCUUCCUUCUUUUUUCCUUCCUUCCUUCCUUCCUCCUUCCUUUUCCUUCUUUCUUUCUUUCCUUUUUCCUUCCUUCCUUCCUUUCUUUUUUUCUUCCUUCCUUCCUUCUUUCUUCUUUUAA